GUGGAGGCAAAUUCAAGUUAGAACCAGUGUCGAGCAGCAUCUCAACAUCACCUGUCAGCUGGCAGCCCGACCUUCUUGCUGAGGGAGCAACAAGAAUCACACCUACUUCAUUGUGACUGACAGCUUUACCGGGGGAAACGGGAGGAGGACACCGCCUGGAAAUGAGGAGGAUGAGGAUCUUCAUUGCGUCUUUAGGGGAGGAGCCAUUUCUUUAAUACGCUGCAAGGAGAGGUUUUAAUAAUUACUGAGGACCCACAGAAGUCCGGUGAAGAAGAGGAUAAAGCAGGAAUCUCCCGAUGAAUCCUUACCUGUGAUGCUCCCUCUUGACGGGGGCCACCUCCUCCCUUGUCUGCCUCCAUCGGUGCCUCUCUUAGCUCCUUCACUCACACACACACACAUACACAUACACACACACACACACACACACACACAUACACACGCACACACUGCGCUUCUGCUCAUGGUCCUUGGCCUACGCUCCUCAGUUGCCGUUCCAGUCCCAGUAGACCAUGAAGAGGCCCAAACAGCAGCAGACGGGGCCCCUGAGCUUCCUCAACUUCUUCAGUCGAAAGCCCAAAUCGGAACCGAGGCCCGAAAGAAUGUGGAGGUCCAGCCCAAAGAGGAAGUAGCCAUCACCCUCACCCUGAGCGAACACCCAGAGCCGGAAUUCACAACAGAAGAUGCUGCAGAAUCCAAAGUUCCCGGAGGCGAAGGAGUAGGCACUGAGCCGGUGGAGGGCGGUGCAGCGGCGGCGUCGGCGGCGGCUGCUCCAAGCUGCACCGACGUCCUGUCGCUCUCCUCGUCCAGCCAGGACCAGCAGGUGGACGAGCACCUGGAGGAGUGUCCCUUAUGCCUGCUCAGCCAGCCGCGUUGCAGCUUCCCUCAACUUACCACCUGCUCCCACCGCACCUGCUCCGACUGUCUGCGUCAGUACCUACGCAUCGAGAUAUCUGAGAGCCGGGUGGGCAUCGCGUGCCCGCAGUGCCCUGAAACCCUGGCGCCGCUUGACGUGCGCGCCAUCCUGGAUGACGGGGCGCUGCUGGAAAGGUUUGAGGAGUACCAUCUGAGGCGUUUCCUGGCUGCUGACCCUGACACACGGUGGUGUCCGGCCCCUGACUGCAGCUAUGCAGUCAUCGCUUAUGGCUGCGCCGAGUGUCCCAAGCUGAGCUGUGGCCGCGAUGGAUGCGACACGGAGUUCUGCUACCACUGUCGCCAGCUCUGGCACCCCAACCAGACAUGCGACCAGGCCCGACGUCAGCGAGCACGCCACGGCUCGGGCAGUAAGGACGCCUCGGCUCUGUACGUCUUCAACGAGGAGGGCGGAGGAGAUGCAGAGGAGAUCAAGCCCUGCCCUCGCUGUGGCGCCUACAUCAUGAAGACCAACGACGGCAGCUGUAAUCGCAUGAACUGCACUGUGUGCGCCUGUCAGUUCUGCUGGCUGUGUAUGCAAGAGAUCACCGAUGUGCACUACCUCAGUCCCUCAGGGUGUACGUUCUGGGGGAAGAAGCCGUGGUCGCAAACACGCAAAGUCCUGUGGCAGGUGGGCAUGCUGCUGGGAGCUCCCGUGGUAAUCUCCCUCAUAGCGGGCAUCGCUAUACCCGUCAUCAUAGUGGGCAUACCCAUCUACAUGGGACGCAAGGUCCAUGGUCGCUGUAAGAAGAACAAUAUCUCAGGAAGUAAGCACUACUUGACGGUGGCCAGCGGCGUGAUGAUGUCAGUGUUUGUGUCGCCCGUCAUAGCAGCGGUCACUGUAGGUGUAGGCAUGCCGCUCAUGUUGACGUACGUGUACGGUGUGGUGCCCAUGUCGCUCUGCAGGAACGGCUGGUGUCGACCCAACAGCGAGUCCCCUGACACACACAAGAUUCAACUGGAGGACUUGGCUAGCUACCUUCUAUUCUCUCACGUGGUCAGCGACCACUGGACGGCCCAGAGCAACCCUGUGCUCGGCGACGCCUCCGGCCUCCAGGAGGUCAGCGUGCAGGAAACCAGCUCCCUUCCGAGCACCAGCGCAGCGCCCGCCCCGCUCGGCGGAUUUUUCCCAAAGGAGGAGGAGUCGGUUGAGCGUCCCGCAUACGCCCAGGAGGACAGCCAAUCAGAGCGCACACAAGUGCUUCCUUCCAGGGACGGGACCAACAUCGAAGUCCGCGUGGAAAUCGAGACCCACCCCAGAGGCGCUCGCCAGUCCAGCCUUAGUAGCGUCCUGUCCAGCCGUAGCUUGUCAGCCGAGUCGCUGCAGGGACAGUCGGGGGUGGACGGAGGAGACAAGCCAGGAAGGGAAGAAGGGAGCGUGUUUCUAGAAACAGACCACGUAUGAUAUGAUGCACAGGGUCUACGUACGGGAAUAUAACACCCACUAAAAAGGGGGGCGGUGAACAGACGGAUGGACCCGCAGGCCUCGGCCCGCCUUCUGCUCCCCAGACCCUCCCACCAGAUGCCUUUAACCAAUGAGGAAGAGGAGAUCCAUAGUUUGUGUGUGCUAGGAAGUUAGCAUGCCACUGCAAUCAGGAGAGCAUUAUAACCUCACAGCAUGCUAGCUGGCGACUUCAUUCAUUCACCGGACGUCUUGUUUGUUGUCUCAUCUCACCUGUAGCGACCCCCCCCCCCAUCCCCCCAUCAUUAAAUAAAGAGACCCUCGCAUAAAGCAUGAUCACUUGGAAAGGACGGCAGGGGAGGACAGACGCAGAGUCAGCAUCCGAAGGCGAUUCAUGCCUGAAAGGUGCAUCGUGACUUCAUGGUAUGGACAAAAGUAUUGGGACACGCGAUAGAAAAAAAGCACGCUUUCAAUUAGCUCAAAAAGGUUCAUUAUUUCUUCUUAUUUAUAUACUUUUUCAAAUGUUCUUGUAAUCAGA